AUGAGGCUCUGCGUCUGCUUUGUGCUGCUCUCCUUCAUUCUGUGUGCAGAUGCGGACUUAGGCCAAGCUGGACGAUUCGCCUGGGAUGCAGCGGGAGGGGCGUGGGAUAUGUUCAAAGCAUACAGGGACAUGCGCGAGGCAAACUAUAAAAACGCCGACAAAUAUUUCCACGCUCGGGGGAAUUACGAUGCUGCCCAAAGAGGACCUGGUGGUGCUUGGGCAGCCAAAGUGAUCAGCGACGCCCGGGAGAGAUGGCAGAGCGACGUGAGCGGCAGAGGUGCCGAGGACACCCGCGCUGACCAGGAGGCGAACGCGUGGGGCAGAAACGGCGGGGACCCCAACCGCUACAGACCGGCGGGCCUUCCCAGCAAAUACUGA